UCGCUUGCGUUUCAGUUUACGUUUGGCCGCAAAGAGAUGGGCGACAGAGCCCAAAUACAAAUACGCAGUGGUGGCUGAAGGCAAGGAAUCCUAAAAGGGCGGGCAGCAUUUAACAGCCAUGGAAAGUCUGUUGAAAUCUGAACUGAAAACCACCGUUUUGAAGCUCUUGGGGUGCUCAAGAGGAGGGUACAUAUGCCAAGGACAAGCCUAUGAGACCGACGGAGGACGAAUAUUUGUUAAAAGCAACAACAAGCCCCAGGCUAGGACUAUGUUUGAGGGUGAAAUGGCAAGUUUAACAGCAAUCCAGCAAACCAACAGCGUACGAGUUCCCCAGCCCAUUAAAGUGAUGGAUCUUCCUGGAGGCGGAGCAGCAUUUGCUAUGGAGUAUCUAAAAAUGAAAAGCCUCAACAAGUACUCAGCAAAACUUGGAGAACAAAUGGCAGAUCUUCACCUUUACAAUAAAGAAAAUGGAGAAAAACUAAGGAAAGAACAACAAACAAUUGGUGUAGGCCGGCCAGAACCUUACUAUGUGGAUAAAUUUGGAUUUUAUGUAGUCACUUGCUGUGGCUAUAUAACUCAGGUCAAUGAGUGGCAAAAUGACUGGCCUACUUUUUUUAUUCGACACCGCCUCCAAGCCCAAAUGGAUUUAAUUGAAAGAGAUUAUGGAGACAGAGAAGCAAGAGAGUUGUGGGAACAGCUAAAGCCAAAGAUUCCAGAGAUGUUUUGUGACCUGGAAAUCACUCCUGCACUCAUUCAUGGGGACCUGUGGUCAGGAAAUGUAGCUGAAGAUGACUAUGGACCAAUUGUCUUUGACCCAUCUUGUUUCUAUGGCCAUUCAGAAUUUGAACUUGCAAGUGCUAUGAUGUUUGGUGGAUUUAGUAGCUCUUUCUUCUCUGCUUAUCACAGCAAAAUCCCUAAGGCUCCAGGCUUUGAAAAACGCAAUAAUCUUUAUAAGUUAUUUAACUAUAUAAACCACUGGAACCAUUUUGGUACAGAAUUUCGGGGACCUUCUCUGAGUGUAAUGCAAAGACUUUUAAAAUAAUUGUCAUGCACAGUCAUUCUUAGUGAUUCCCUGUUUGGUACCUGUUGCAUCAGAAUAGUUACCUAGAAAGAGUUAAAUUGGUGUUAUAUACAUCUGCUUCCUCACAAAUUCUUGCAGUGGGCUUGUAAUAAUUGCAUGCUGUAAUUAUCAACGGGUAUACAGAUAACUAUGUCAAAAACUACUCCUCACGUUCCCUUAAAUGAACAAGCCCCAGUAACAGUUUUGUGACAGAUCUUCAUGGUAUUGCCUUCAUCUUAUCCCCAGCCUACAUCUGAGGCAGCUUAAAGUGGUCUCCAGCUGUUCUAGUUUUAAAGUAAUGUUUUCCCUUUUCUCCCAACACGGCUUUUGACAGAAAUACAAUAUUGCAUGUUUCGUUAGUUGAGGUGGUUGCUGUGGGCAUUUCCCUCCCACCAGUCACUGUACUCUGCUCUCCGUGAUCAUUUGGGCUUGUGCUGCAGAAAAAAACAGACAUCUGGGUUCUGCAGAAGCAUCUCCAGUAGUCUGGUCCCAAAUGCUUUUUGGGUCUAAUGCAGGACAUGAGUUUAGUGCUCUCUUGAGAGAGUGGUAGUCAAUUUAAGGUCAAUUUAAAUAAGGAAACAGCCUGUUUCUGUCAGUUAUGUUUUGCUUGUUCUGUCACCAGGGUAUGUUUUCUGCUGUUCUGCUAAUAAGGGGUUUUAUGUGGCUGUGAUUUUUACUGUUUUUAUCACUUUGGAGGCAAAGUUCCCAGUUUCUUGUAUUCCAUUCCGGCUCCUUGGCCAUCCACAAGUCAGUUCUGGUGCUGCUGUCCAUAAGGACGGAACUGGGCUCACUGCCAGCCCUUGCUUUGCCUAGCAGCAUUAGUCAAGGAUGGAUCUUGUUCAUACAUGAUCCUUCCUUCCCACUUCACCUGUUGCCCCUCUUCCAUGCCUGGGACCUGUUACUUGGGCAACUAGACUGGUGGCUAAACAUGCCAUUCUAGCCCACCUAUACUCAUCCCAACCCAUAAGGGAAGUUGAUUGGAGUUUACCUGCUGGCAGGCAACGCUCAGUGGGAUUGGGAGAAUUCACCAGUCACUUUCCUUUGGGCAGCAGAUUUUAUGACAACAUACAUUUCUGCUGGUUCAAGGACUGAUGGAUAGCAUUUUAAUACAGCUGGCUAGGAAUCCAGGGUAUUACAAUCUACACGUAUCUGGAAUGUACCAGAUUGGAAAUGGCUACAUUAUGCCACAUCUGUAUUGAUCAUGCUAUUCCCUUUCAGGAAACUUACUAUUAUUUAUCUUGUGCCAACAUGUCAAAAACAGUGUAUUGGCUGCUGGGACUUACGGAUAGUCAACUGGAAAAUACUUGUGGAAGAUUAUUUUUGUACAUGGUAACUGCAGCAAGACUACUAUAUGCUCAAAGAUGGAAAGAUUCUGAAAUAUCCACAAUGGAGGAACGGUUGAAGAUGUCAGAACUUGCAGAAAUGGCAAAACUUACUUGUUGGAUUAGGGAGAAGACAACAAGUACAUUUAUUACUGACUGGAAACCCUUUAUGGACUUUUUGCUGAAAACAGAAAAAAAAUGAACUGGUGAUUUAUGGAUUUGAUAAGAAAGGGAAAAAUAUGGGAAGAAGGGAAUUCUGACAUAACCUUAAAGAGGGAGGAUAGAUGAUAAAUUUAUUUGUAACUGCAGUGAAGAAGAUUGGAAGCUGAUACUUUAUAUAUUUUCUUCUGUUUAUUUAUUUUUUAUUUAUUCACUUGCUCUGCUUUCUCUUCACUUCUUUAUUCUUUUUCUUUAAAUUCAUAUUGUAUGUUUGCUUUUACUAUUGUAUAAAAUCCCUUAAUAAAAAUUACACAUACACAUGCACACACACAGUGUAUUGGCAUUGCAAGCCAGUAUAGAACUGGAAUAUAUGCCAUUUUUAUUUAAUCCUUCAAGGACUCAUGCAAGGCUGAUAGAAAUAGGCAAUGCUGCUAACAUUUAAUUCUUAGUGAUUCUGUUCCAAGAUAGUAAUCCAAAAGAAAUAAUAAAUAAUGAAAUUCCACUGUUCGUAUCUUCCUGUUUUCUCUCCAUCUAAGAAGAAUUACUUUAAAAUACAGAACUACAGAGAAAAUUAUGUAUUUCUCUAGCCACUGAUUCCACUGAUACUACUUCAGGACUCAUUUGACCACUGUGUUACAUUUACUUACAUCUUACUUGAAAAAUUAUUCUAAGUUAGAAAAAAAGUUGCAUUG